UCUUGAUAAACAGAAUUUUGGAGCGGAAUUCGGUCUUAUCAUCGACGAUAAAGCGUAAAGUAGUUUUAUAUCCCGAUGUUACGAGUACACAAUUAGAACCAUCGUGAAUUGUGGAGAGCAAGUUUAUAACCUUCACCUUAUAACCGGCAGAAAAAAAUCGCCAACAAUUGAUAUAAACAAUUGAUAUAAAUAAUAUAAUAACGAAAGAAAGCAGAAUGAAUGGCUUUGUAUCGUCAGGUUAAGAAAAUACUCAAAUAUCCCCCUAUCUGGAGAAUAGUUAAAAAAAAAAAAAUUCGCCAGCAAUGCCAAAUCAACGGCCACCCUUGUAUUAUGGCCUUUUUCAAAUGGCAUAAUAUCGCAUUAAAUUAUAUGAUAUCUUGCGGCCCGACGUUCAAGACAUUCAGAGGCAUAGCCAACAAUUUCUCCAAUAAGAAAUUCGCAAUUGUUUUUUAUUUGCCAAAACAAUAUUGUUCAAAGAGCGAUAUGAAAGUACUUAAUGUUGCGGAGAAGCACGACGCGGCUAAAAACAUUGCUGGCUAUUUGUCGCGCGGCACCAGCAGAAAGAGAGAAGGUUUAUCUGUAUAUAACAAGAUUUUUGAAUUUGAUAUACAACUAUGGAAUCAGAACUGCAAAAUGGUCAUGACAUCUGUAUCCGGCCACUUAUUAGGCUACGAAUUUGUAGGAGCUUAUCGCAAGUGGCAUGGCUGUCAUCCAUUAAGCUUAUUCGAUGCUCCAGUAUCUAAACAGUGCUUAGAAGAAAGUUAUAUCAAGAUUAAAAAAACCUUAGAACGGGAAAUACGAUCUUGUCAAGCAUUGAUUAUUUGGACAGAUUGUGAUAGAGAAGGGGAGAACAUAGGCUUUGAGAUUAUCGAAGUCUGCAAAGCAGUUAAAUCGAAUAUCCGUAUAUACAGAGCAAAAUUUUCAGAGAUUACGAAACAGUCUAUUGAAAGAGCUCUUCAAAAUUUGGGAGAACCAGAUAAAGCAAUGAGCGAUGCUGUAGACGUAAGGAGCGAAUUAGAUUUAAGAAUCGGUGCUGCGUUUACGAGGUUUCAAACCUUAAGAUUGCAGAAAAUAUUUCCCAAUACUCUCGGGGAUCUGCUUAUCAGUUAUGGAAGCUGUCAGUUUCCAACACUUGGAUUUGUAGUUGAGAGAUUUCUAGCUAUCGAUCGAUUCAAAUCCGAGCCAUACUGGAAGUUAAGAGUAAUCGACGAUCGCAAUGGGAUAGCCGUAGAAUUCAGAUGGGCCAGAGUAAGACUGUUCGAGAAAAUGCCUUGCCAGAUCUUUCUGGACAUCUGCCUGGAACAGCCGGAAGCUACAGUAGAGAAAGUAACAUGCAAACCGAAAAGUAAAUGGAGACCUCUACCUCUGGAUACCAUUGAAUUGGAGAAACAAGGCUCUCGUAAGUUGCGCAUGAACGCAAAGGAGACGAUGAGAAUAGCGGAGAAAUUGUAUACCCAAGGUCUCAUCAGUUAUCCGCGCACAGAAACGAAUAUAUUCCCGAAGGAAUUAAAUCUGACAUCUUUAGUAGAGCAACAAGUAAAUAAUCAAACUUGGGGUGGCUUUGCGCAAAAUUUAUUGGCAUCUGGAAUAACUCCUAGACAGGGGAAGAAAAGCGAUCAAGCGCAUCCUCCCAUUCACCCCACAAAAUACACCGACAGUUUGCAAGGAAACGAAGCGAAAGUCUAUGAAUUUGUGGUUCGACAUUUUCUGGCUUGUCUAUCGAAAAACGCAGAAGGCAGAGAAACAACGGUGGAUAUCAAUAUAGCAGGAGAAAGAUUCACAGCUAACGGUCUCGAAAUCAUAGCGAAGAAUUAUCUUGACGUGUAUAUUUAUGAAAAAUGGAACAAUAAAGAGAUUCACUCUUAUAUUGAGAGGCAAACUUUCCGACCGACCAGCAUCGAUAUGAUGGAAGAAAAAACUUCACCGCCGAGUUUACUAACCGAAGCCGAGUUGAUUGCAUUGAUGGACAAACACGGCAUCGGUACGGACGCCACUCACGCUGAGCAUAUCGAUACCAUCAAAUCUAGACAAUAUGUAGGCUUAACAGACAGUCAACAUUUCAUGCCGGGAAAAUUGGGAAUUGGUCUGGUCAUGGGUUACGACAACAUGGGAUUCCAAAUGUCCAAACCACAUUUGCGCGCGGAUUUGGAAAAAGAUUUACAAUUGAUAUGUCAGCGUCAGAAAGAUCCAAAUGUGGUAUUACAAAAUCAGAUCAAUACCUAUCGUGAAGUAUUCAAAGUGGCAAUGGAACGUGCUAAUCUGAUAGACGAUUCUUUGGCACACUAUCUUGACGAGAGACCUCUUCAAACAGAACAAGCACAAUUCGCUCAGGAAGACAUCAUUAUAUUCAAGUGUCCGAAAUGCAGUUCUAAUAUGGUUUUAAAAGAAAGACGACAAGGCAGAGGAAAGUACAUCACUUGUAUGGGAUAUCCGACAUGUACUAACGUGAUCUGGUUCCCGGAAGCUAUAGAAGAUGUGGAGGUUUUGAACGAAACAUGCAAUCAGUGUACAGAAAAUAUGCGCAAAUUAAAAUUCAAGUUGGUUAGGAAUGUUAUACCUCUAUAUGGUACCUCUUACACAACUUGUAUCGGCUGUGAUACUACAUUCAAUGAAAUGUUAAAUAUUAAAGAAGAUUGUAUUAAACAAAGUGGAAGGACAAAUUAUAUAGCUCACAAUAAUACGAGGGAUACAUUGAGCUCAACUUUUACCUCAAGUACAUCCCAGUCGCGGAGUACUCAGCAACAAUCAAUUUCCAGUGGUUCUACAAGACCUGUUCAAAGUAACAAUAUUGGUUUGAUUGGAACAUCUGGCUUUUCCGCAAGAUCCACGCAAAGUCAAAAUUCUAAUAUUUCUCAGCCGAACAGAUCGAAUAGGCCGAAUAUUGCCGACAGAAGUACAGCAAUAUCGAAUAAUAGAGGAAAUUCUACUUCUUGGAUUAAUUCGAAUGAUUUCAGCAAUACAGAAAACAGAUCAGGUCAAUCUACGUCUCGAAAUUCACACAAUACGAAUAAUAAAACAAAUUUGUGGGGUGACGAUAAUGCUGAGAUUAUGUGUCAUUGUCAUGAGAUGGCAAUCCAGUUAACAGUUAAAAAGGAAGGACCAAAUAAAGGACGUUUAUUUUAUAAAUGCGCUAAACCGCAAGGUAGCGGUUGCAAUUUUUUAUGGGCAUCCGAUAACCCAGUAUCUCAAGAUGACGAUCAUUCAAGUUGGGGAUCCAACAUGGACAGAAACAAUAGUGGUGCUGGUCACUUCUCUCGUACUGUUACCUCUAACGAUGAUUGGGGAAACCCAUCUAUGAAUGAUAUUAUGUGCCACUGUAAUCAACCUGCUCGAAAACUAACGGUUCACAAGGAUGGCCCUAACAAAGGACGACAGUUUUACGGAUGUCCCAAAGGUAUGAACUCCACUUGUAACUUCUUCAAGUGGGCAGAUGAGGCUGAUGCUGAUAGCCAUGAGACCAUGGACUGGAAUAAUUCCACUGUGAGAAAACAAAGGAAUAGAACAAAUAAUAGAAUCUCCCAAAAGAAUAAUGCCCCCAAAAGGCCUAGACUUACUGGUGGCAACAGAAAGUGCGGAAAUUGUGGAAUAGAAGGUCAUACAAGAAAAAAAUGUCCAAACAAUGUAAUGGACUGACGAAUGAAUAUUUUCCAAUAUGAUAUUGUAAAUAGUGUACAGUUUCUAAUAGUUAAGGUUAUAAAAGAUUUAAUUAAAACAGUAUCAAACACUUGCUUUUAUCUCUUAAAAAAUUAAGAUUGACUUUUGCCUUUUUGAAGUAACUUUUACAAAUGUAAAAUUAAAAAAAGGUUUUGAAUAUUCGAAUUAAUGUUGUUCCAUAGUUACUAUUUAUCUGUUUUUAAACGAUAAUCUUUUUGUUAUGAGAAAAAUUAGUUUUUAGUCUUUCCAAUUCUUCUUUUUGCAAAUGAACUUCGGCGGUUGUUUGGGUUAACUAUAAACCAAUAAUUUAUGAUAUAUCACUGCCAAUGCCAUUAUAUGCUAUUAUAUAUUUCUAUUAUAUUUAUAAAC